AUGGCCCCCGUCAACCGGCAAAAGGCACAGGACUCAAAAGCAGCGGCUGCCGAUAUUUGGGAUGAGGCACAACUUGAGGCUGCGCUCAAGCGGCUGGACAAACUACAUGUUCAGGCCCGUCUCCUCAGGACCACUAUACCGCGAAUGACACAGCCCCUGACGACGAGCACUACUCCCUCUGAACUGUAUCGCCUACUCAUGAAGUCAGUCGCCGAGGCUCACAAGGAGAUUCAGGAUUUCAAGGAGCUCAUGAGCGAUGCGGAGAGCAAGAAGGUUCUCGAACGUGCAAAGAAGAGCCACAAAGAUAACCCUCGGGGAUUGUCCCCUGGGACCCUGUAG